GGUAGACGUGUGAUCAUCAUUAUGUUCAGGUUUCUGGUUGUAUCGUUAGUGGCUGGUGCUAUGGCCAUGCCUAAUCAGAGUACGGAGACGCCCGCGGAGGCUGUUCGUGUGAGCAAAAAGGACUGUUCAAGUGGUAUCUUCAGCCCUACGUGCCUUAAACUUGGAGUUUUGAGUUUGGUGGAGAAGCUGAGUAAUAAGGAUGAGGUGGCUUUGGUGCCAGGAGUGAGUUUGGUGAAGGACCGUGAUGCGAAGACUGAGGCUGUUGACUUCGCGAGGGCGCUGUCUUCGGAGCCAGAAGAGCGUUUGGACAAGUACCUUCUGUUCCACGUUGGGACGUUCCUGGAUACCCAUUCUGUGAAGCUGAGGUUGCUGGAUGAAUCUGCUGUGGAAGAAGCCAGGAGCAUGAUGAGCGAGGGUCGAGCGAAGAACCCAUUGAGCAUGGGAGGAAAGAAAGGAGGCAUGGGAGGACUGAUCGCCAUGGCUAUGAUGAUGAAGGGUACCCUCAUGUCGAUCGGUCUUGGCGCGCUCGCUUUACUCGCUGGCAAGGCCCUCAUGACUGCAAUGAUGUCUCUCCUGCUCUCUGCCAUCAUCGGCAUCAAAUCCCUCACCGGUGGGCAGAAAUCCACCACGUAUGAGAUUGUAUCCAAGCCUAUAUACAGCCACAGCCAUUCCCACUCCACGGCACAUGAGGAUGUGGGAGGAUACGGCCAUUCAGGGUAUGGUAGGAGUAUGAAUGUAAGAAGACGUUAGAAUAAAUUGUCAGGAGUUUGGGAUACUUUGAGAGAAUAGGUCUUUUGUAUUGACUAUGAUGAGGUUUCGUCAAUAGCCAUUCAAAUUCGAUAUAUUUCAGGGCACGUAGGUCCCAUAAAAAUAUUUUGAAUCAUUCAGACAUAUUUGGUUGUGAUAAUUUAAAAUUUGAUCAUAAUAUUGUCUAUGGCUGAAACAUCAGACUGGAAAUACUUUUUAUCUUUUUAAACUCGUAUAUUUAUUAUUUUAUUUUAAACCUUCUUUUCUUAUUCCUAUUAUAUUUAUUGCUCAUCUCAAUUUUCUAAAGCAUUAUAAAGUCAUGUUCAAACAUAACUUAUCUAUAUUUUUUUCAUGAUUAAUAGCCUUGAUCAUGCUACAGCUCUACGUAUACAAUUCUAUCUAUCUUUUUACAUAUAUGUAUUUUAUGUAUUGUUAUUUGUAAUACAUUGCUUAUU